CCUUGUGCUGCCUAAAGUUUUGGAAGCCCAGGACUGAGAAGCUGAUUUUGAGAGGACUCCAAACACGAAGGAAGGAUGAGGAUUUAAAUUGUUCGAGCAGGAAGCGGGGUAUGGAAGGGAGGUUGAUUACAGCAAUGUAGAGGCAAAGCUUGGAAUUUUGCAGGUUUUCUGAUGAUAAUGGUCCUGUCACCUUGGAGUGAGUGAGACACUGAGAAGGUAGAAAGAUGAAAGCUGAGAUCUCAGAUAUGAGCCAGUGGACAGAGGUGGAUUUGGAAGAGAAGUGCACCUACAUUGUAAAUGACCAACCGGUGGACCCAGCGAAAUAUGCUGAGAACCCUCUGGCUAGAGCUUCCAUACCCCGAAACCUUACCUUCAAGUACACAGCUACCAAUGAGGUGAUUGGAGUCAUUAGCAGGGAAUACAUCCCCCAAGGGACACGUUUUGGGCCAUUGGUUGGGGAUAUUUACACCAAAGACAAUGUCCCAAAGAACAUAAACCGAAAAUAUUUCUGGAGGGUGUAUUCCUCCGGAAGUCUCAGUCAUUUUCUGGACGGGUAUAAUGUGUGUAAAAGUAAUUGGAUGCGGUACGUAAAUCCCGCACAAUCGGCCGAAGACCAGAAUUUAGUCGCUUGUCAGAAUGGCACCGAUAUUUACUUCUACACCGUGAAGCCAAUCCCUCCCAGCAAUGAGCUGCUGGUCUGGUACAGCCGGGAGUUUGCUGAGAGAUUGAAUUAUCCUCCGACCCGGGACCUGGUGAUGCUAAAACUCAAACAUAAUCUCAAGGGAUACAAGGACCUGGUGUCUGAAUUCACUGGCCAGCUACCUCAGAACCAAGAAGACAUACAAGAAGGCCAAAAACAGUAUGCUAACGACACAAAGAAUGAGGAAGAAAAGGUGGAUGUGGAGAUUAUUGACAGAGAUACGCCACCCAUCACUCCUGAUGACCAAAUUGUGGAUUUCAGUAAAAAGUUUUAUCCAAGUGUAGAGACCCGACAUCUACCAGAAGAAAAUAGCUCAAAGAUAAAUGAUGUUAAUGACAAGGAAAGGUCAUUGGAGAGAACCAGCCCUUUAUACAGAACCAGCCCAAACCAAAGAUCAAAAAGUCCUGUUGUUGAACAAAGCCCUCAGAUUUUGUCUCUCAAUUCAACUACCUCAUCUCAGAAAGAACUCCCUCUACAUUUGAAUGGAUGUCACAGUUUUGCCGAGGGCCUGGUCUCUUACCCAAUGUACUCACCUCCAAGUCAUGUCCAGCAUCAGUAUAUGUAUCCAUAUAGCACACUGUCUCCUCACUACCCUCGAUUAAUAUUGCCCAACUAUUCACCUGCUUUCAACAGUUUUCACACGCUGAACAGUCCAGGCACUUUGAACAAUGUGAAUAAUCUUAGCCUGUUUGGCAGGAUGGCCCCAGUCUGUGGCAGUUUUGUGAAUGGAGACCAUCUGCCUCAUCCCAUGAUGAGCCAGCAUGUUCUGCCGGUCACACUGUCUAAUGAAGAAGGCCAAAGGCUUAAUGUCCCUGGGCAGCCAAGGCGCCUCCUUAUCCCUGCCCCGACCAGUGCAUUUUCACCCACAGGUCCAGCAAUGGACCUGAAGGAAAGUCCUCAUGACCAUUCACCAUCUGGUACCUCAAUAACCUCUGAGCUGUCGAUGCCACCAAAAACUACCUCCUGGAUUCCAGCAAGUGAGGAAGCAAUAAAUCUGAGUAAACCAAAGAUUUCUCUGGCAGAUUCCCCUGGUUAUAAAUCACUUCCAUACCCACUGAAGAAACAGAAUGGGAAGAUCAAGUAUGAGUGCAACGUGUGUUCAAAGACCUUCGGUCAGCUAUCGAACCUAAAAGUCCACCUGAGGGUCCACAGUGGAGAGAGACCUUUCUCGUGCCACACGUGCAAUAAGACAUUUACACAACUUGCUCAUCUCCAAAAGCAUUAUCUGGUGCACACCGGAGAAAAGCCUCAUCAAUGCCAGGUGUGUCACAAACGUUUCAGUAGCACCAGUAACUUGAAGACUCACCUCCGUCUCCACUCUGGGGAAAAGCCCUAUCAGUGCAAGCAGUGUUCGGCAAAAUUCACCCAGUUUGUUCACCUCAAGCUGCACAGACGCCUGCACAACAAGGAACGGCAACACAAGUGUCACUUCUGCUCCAAGAGCUACAUCCACCAGUGCAGCCUGAAAAUCCACCUGAAAGGCAAUUGCUCUAUGGCCUCGGUGAGCAGCUUAUCCAAGGAGGAACUCCUCAGGAUUGACGAUGUGAUUGAUAAUUUCGACAUGAGUGAACAUGCAGAAAGAUUAGAUGAGAGUGCCACUGCAACGGAGGUGGAGGUGGUAACUGAGCAGCUUCUAGCUGCUGGCCUAGAGAAGGGCUACAAAGAGGACCCAUUCAAAGCAACAUGUCACAAGAGCAAUGGAGACAAUCUUCCAUCCAUUGGCUUCCAUGAGAGGACCAAAAACCUAAUGUUAUUCCACCAUAGUUCACCACCUUGCCUGCCUGUCAGGGUCAAGCAAGAAGCCAGUUUAUAAUUGCACAUUAGUUAUCAUGUGCCAGGACUAAUAAUGAUGAGUUCUACAGUAAACAGGAUUAACUACUGGAGCUCAUAUGAAUAGCUGACUGUUUUGGGAAACUACAAGAAAAAAUCAUGGCAGUGAGGAAACUGAAUCACACAAAUUUUUGUGUGUGAUUUAAGUACUUCCAGUCAUAAUAGUAAUUAUCUGGUUGUGUUUUAGAUAUAUCUGUGUGCAUGUGUGUUUGUUUUAGUUUAAUUGUCCUCUUGUUAUGUUAUAGAAUCUGAUAAAUUGUGAAUCCAUUCUCUUGUCCUUGUGAGCUCCUAUUGAUUCAGUCAGACCAAAAAAAUUACUCAAACACACGGCCUUUACUGAGUCUGGAUGACAUAUAGACCCAGCCUCUGCUGUAAUAGUUCUGCUUUCAGUGCUCUCUCAGGGUGUGUUAGAUAUAUUUAUGCAACAGAAAAAUGGUAUAUAUUUUUAUUAGUUAAGAGACAAUCAGAUAUGAGUUUAUUCUUCUAAGGUCUAUAUCUUAUUUAUUAAGACACAGAGCAUUGCUUUUAUUUUAAAUAAAGUUCACAGUGACUAAAAUGUGGGAUAAUUGAUUGACAUCUGUGAUGCUAGUAAUAAGAAAAUUGAAUUAUUUCGAAACAUAAUGUGACAAAUAGGCAUCAGAGGAACAAAUUGUUUUUCAGGCGUUGAUAUCCCUACCUGUCAAUUUUGAGUUUAUCCAAUGGUCCCGUUUAUUCUCAGUCUGAAUAUUUGUGUGAGAUACGAUGAGAAGAUUGAAGGUUCUAUGAAUGGAAGUGAUUGGAUCCUUCUGAAUUCAGCCAGCAAAUUACUUAUAGCCUCACAGAUUGAACUCUUCCAGUUUAGUUGUGAGGGUGAAGUUCAAAAGUGGGUUGAGAUAUUAUUAAAUUAAUUUCUUUCCCACCAAGAAUCAAGAAAUUUCUCUUUGGUUUGGGAAUAGAGAAAUCACAACGUGUGGUGUGUGUAGAAUGCAGUGAGGAUAGAUUGCUGCUGGAAGAGGAAAGUAUUUUAAUGUCAAAUCCUUCAUCCUCCAGUGUUUGAAUUUGUUUCAUAUUUGUGGGGUUUUUUUGUUAAUUGCCUCCUAUUCAGCUUAUUCAUUCACAUUCUGACCAUUCUGCAAUGAAUGAUUCAGGCUUCCUCUGAUAUCUUCAAAAAAUGUGCGUAUCAAUUGAAACACAAAAUUGCUCCAUCUUUAAAUCUUUAUGUCCUUUUGGUUCUCCGGUGUUCUUCUCCCACCAUUAUAUUAUGCACUUCUCUGCCUUUACAGGGGUUGGACAUGAGACAGAGCUUCUUCUCAUUAAGCACUUGCAAGCUGCCAGUCAGUGCUAAAACUGGCAAAAUGAAACUAAUUGCAUUCCUUAUCUUUAUAAAAUCGCUGUCAAAGCAGGGCAUAUUAUGGUACAUGGCCUGUGUUUUUACAUAGCGUGUUGUGAGGUUUGCAUUAGUGUUAGAGCUUACUAUGCUUAAACUGAGUGUAUAUCAGAUAGAAGGGGCAGGGAUUGGAAUAGCAUCCACCCUUUUAAAGCCAAAAUCUGCUGAAACCACCUAACUGUAUGACAAGAAUUACAACAGAGAUUUCUUUCUUCCUCUGAAGUACUUUAUAGCUGGCUGAAUGAUGUCAAAUCAAAAUGGAUUCAGAAACAACAAGAUUAAAAAUACACGCAUUAUUUUUCAGAUGUGUAUACAAAUGCCAAAAAAACAGACCUUUGAGGCUUAGACUCAGCAAAAUGUGGUUUAAGCAAGUCCUAGAGUGGCAAAGUAGAGCAUAAGUUUUUUAACAUGUUACUAGUUAUUGUGAGUAGGUAACUAGUAAAGAUUGCUCAGGGCAAGAUACUUUUUUUGAAAAUAAUUCUGUAGAGAAGUUGCUACUUUUGACAAUUAGAAGUUAGUUUUUGUAAAAAAAAUAGAAAAAUUCAACACAUUUUCACGGAAAAAUCCAAUAGUCAUGCGCUGUGCUUUAAACCUGACUCUCGUAGCCUGACAAAGGGAUUCCAUUUCUCAAUUUUACUAUUUGCUUUGAGAGCAUGAAUUUAUAUUUUGUCUUUUACACUGGAUUUAGAUUUGAAUGUUUUUCAGUGUUGUUGCCACGGAAACCACUAGAGGAAUGCUGUCACCCGAACACAGGGGAGCAAUCAUCCAACAGACGUUAUAAUUGAACAGUUGUGUCCAAAUUCAUCUUUGAUUCUGUCAAAGUACAGGAAAAGUAUACAUCUCCCAGCUUUCAUUUCAUAGGUUUUCCUGUUAACCAUAAUUUCUGUGAUUUACUAUUGGCCAUAUGUCUACUCUGGUUAAACAAUACGCUGCAAUUUUUUUCCAGUUUCAGGGAGUUAACGUGGUAUUCUUGGCUACUCAUGGUUUAAAAGUAAUGUCCAUGGCUCCUCUGAAAUUCAUGAUUUCACACGAUUUUUGACAGGCGGCAUCCGUAACUCUGAUAGACCCACGGCUUCAGUGGUUUCCAUGGCAAAAUGAAAGCCCUGGCAAUAUGUAAACCAAAGCAGUACUUGUCUUCAACUGGGUCCACUUGAAACAUUCCUUUUUGAUGUAUUUGUUCACUAGAGGUGCAGUGAAUUCACUUAAAUACAUCAUGAACCUCCUUGACUCUUUUCCAGUGAUCCAUUAUACUGUGAAAUAUGCUGCCGCAUGGGUUUACGCUGAACCUAACACGUGUUUACAAUGUACCGUUGACCCUUUGCAGUAUGGGAUUCCAAACCAUUCAGCACUGGGUUCAAAGAGCCAAGAUCAGGGAUCUUAAAGAAUCUCAAUAUAGGGGCUUUAAUUCAAAUAUCUUCAGAUUGUUAGUGGUGAACAAUUGAACUGUUUUAAAAUAAGGAGCACAAUAGUCUGAAAAGGCUGUUUUGUGAACUGCUGCUCUUUUGAUUUGAGCUGUUCCACAUAUUGCACACAUGGUAUAAGAACAGGAGUAGGCUACACAGAUCCACCCCCACCGUCACCAGUAUAUCCUCCACCCCCCCCCAACCCACACAAAAUUAAUUAUUAAUGAUUUCCAGCUUUUCCUUGACUAAAUGUGACUCAGGUUUAAGAUUUUAAGAAAAAUUUCUCUGAUUAAUCAGAUUGUUCAGUUUCUACCUCUUACCCUUAUCUUUAUUCCUCCAGUGUUCUUCCAGAACUAGCUCAGGGCUAUCAGUUCACAAAGUUCAGAGCCAACUUAUGUCACCAGAGUUAGCUGUUAUCCUUAAGAAGCUGGGGGACAGUUGGUUUGUGAUGCAGAGUGAUGCUAACAAUAUGGGUUCAAUUCCUGCACUAGUUGAGGUCACCAUGAAGAUCUGCCGUCUCAUCCUGUCCCCUCACCUGAGAUAUGGAGACCCUCAGGUUAAACUCACUGCCUGUUAUCUCUCUCAAAUGAGAGUGGGAUUAUGGUGUUUUAACCUUUACAGCAGUAAGGAGAUGAUCUCGUGUGGUAUGAGCAGGCCCAAGCCUGCCCCUCUAUUAUUAUCUGCUGAUUGAUGUUCCACAGCAGCUAGCAGCUCCCUUACAACUAGGACGGAAUCUUAGGAGACGUCAGAAUGAAUCUGAUAAUGAUAACAUUCCAUUUUGCUCUCUGCUUUGUGGAGCAUUUCCUGUGACUACUUCCUCUUCAGGCGAAUACUUUUUGUAAUAAUUCACAGCAUCUUUGAAAGAUUCAGUCACAGUCUUUUAAAAGAUAAAAUAUCUUUAAUUCCUUCACUUGCACUGUCCAAAAACUCAAGCAAUCAUUGACUUAUAGUGAGUAAAGAAAAAAAACCCAGAGGACCAUGUGCCAGAAUCACGGCCAGAGCAGCAAGGUGAUAAAUCCAUAUUGGAUAGGUAUCUGCAGGAACAAUGGUAACAUUCAGCCAGUGUCAGGCAAUCAAUUAUGUAUCCCUUUACUCCAUAAAUAAGUCUUAAGUUUUUAUCACACUUAAAUCCCAAUUAAGUUAAAAAGGCCUCAUGUUUAGAAGCAUGAACAAAUAUAAUGUCCUUCUUCCAUAUGAAGCUUUAGCUUGUGGUCAAGUGCUAUUUGGAUUACCACUAAAUAUUGCAACAAUGAACACCUAUAUUGGUAUUGAUGACAGCACUGGUGGUAAUUUCUCUAUGAUCUAUGUACUAGCUUGCAGUUAUAAAGAAUCAACAGGCAUUGCAUCAGUACGAACAUAAGUAUUGGCAUUUUCACUCUAGAUUAAAGGACAUUAAAGACUGCCCCAAAGAAAAUGACCAUUGUCAGCAUGGACAUGGACAGCAGGGACAAAUCUAAAGCCAGUUGAUCAAUAAAUAAGCAACUCCCACCCAAAGACGCUGAGGAAGUUUACACUGAGUCACUGCACCUCUAUCUCUUCCUCUCAAGAAAACCAAAUGUUGUUGGAUAAGUAUCUGGGGUCAACAGAUGGAAAUCAGGCUGUUCUUAGUUGAGAUGUUCAACUUCCUUUAACUUGAAUCAAACAGCAAGUCAAAAAUGUUACAGGGACAGAAUAACAUACAUAUUUGCACCAAAGUUACAGGAUAGUUCUUUUUUGCAACUUCACUUACUUUGGGUAUCAAAUGAAGUGUUUUGUACAGAAAGACCUUUUGUAAAAUUAUGUUUACACAUCGUUUACAUUUUAUUUAUGUUAAAUUUCUCAUAUGUAGCUGUGACUUAAAUUA